AUGGUAAUUGAGAAAAUAAUGUUGUCACUGCCUCCAACAUUUGAUCAUAUUGUGGUGGCAAUAGAGGAGUCUAGAGAUCUUGAAAAACUCAAGAUAGAGGAACUGCAAAGCUCUCUGGAGGUGUAUGAAAUGAGGAUGCGGGAAAGAAAUCCUAUAAAAACCGAUGAGCAGGCGUUGAAAGUUCAACACGUCAAAAAUGAAGAGAAGAAGACAACCGAAAAUGGAAAGGGAAACAUGGUAAAGGGAAGUGGAGAAAAGAUAGGAACAAAGAUGACGAGAAUGAGUCUUCAACAAAGGAGGAAGGAAGAACAGAAGAAGAGUCAAGGAAAGGAGGCCUACGCAGCUCAAGUGGAAUCUGAUUCAGAAGAACCCAUCAUAUUGAUGACAACUACAUCUAAAGUAAGUUCACAUUCUCAAGAUAAACUGUGGUAUUUGGAUUCGGUAUGUUCGAAUCAUAUGACUUGCCACAGAGAAUGGUUGGUAAAUUUUGAUAAAACCAAGAAGAGUAAGGUGAAAUUUGCUUAUGACAACACUUCAAAGGUAGAGGGAGUUGGUGAUGUUGUUAUCAGAAGGAAGAAUGGCUUGCGUGCCAUUCUAACUAGUGUGUUGUUUGUGCCUGCAAUAAGGUACAAUCUCCUGAGUAUUGGACAGUUAAUUCAAAAGGGUUUUACGGUAGUAAUGGGAGGCUUCAAUAAGGUUGAAGUGUUUGAUAAAAAGAAAAACCUGAUCUUGAGGAGCAAGAUCUCGAAGGAUAAAACAUUUCAGAUCAACCUAGUGAAGUCUGCAAUGUGUGAAGAAUCUGGCAAGAUGAAUACUGAUACACGGACUGGUAAUGAGGAAUGUCUGGUACACGUAGCUAUGUUUGCAGCUGCAAAAUCGUUCAGUCAAGCAGAAGCCUUGAAUAUAGCAGGCGCAUAA